AUGUCGAGACCAAGCUACAACCGAGGUUCAUCCAGUGUGGACGAUUGGCUUGAUAGCCAAUAUGAAUACAUAGCACCGGAUAAGGACCUCAACAACCCCUAUGUGCCGCGGGACGCUGCUCGAGAUAUCACUCCCGAGCGCUCAGACGCGAGUCCAACCAGGUCCAAGGGUUCCCGGUCGUCCAGGAACCACAAAAGUCCAAAAGAUCGCUAUCGGCCAGAGACACCGCCUGAAGAGGACGACCUCGACAAAGAGCGCGACAAACACCGACAUACAGGCAAAUCUAGUCGUUCUCAUGAUGGCGACCGGGACUCACGACGGUCCCAUCAAGACAAGGACACAAAAUACCCUCCCAGGUCGGACCGCGGCCGACCACGUCGCCCUCCCAUGAGCAGUCGGGCUGCGUCGCAUUAUGUGCCUCGCAAGGAAGACAGUCCUGAGCGGCGUUCGCAUAGGCGAUACUCACUGUCGUCGUCACCUCCCAGACACCGAGGUGACAAGUCAUCACGGCAUUAUCACCGCCACCACGAAGACCGCUCGCCGUCGCCUCCACCCCGGUCCUCACGAAAGAAGGACGACCGAGAUAGGGAUAGCCGAAAGCACCACGGCAGCAGUAGUGGAUCCACCAAGGGCUCCAAGUCUCGCCGGCCAUCACUGUCUCACAGCCAAACCUCCAAAGACACCAAGAAGCCCUCCGCUAGCAGCCGAUCAUACAGCUUCUGGAACGACCCUCGCUUCAGGACGGCUGCAGAAGCAGCGCUUUCAGCCGGGGCGACAGCUGCUGUCGGUCUCGCCGGUGAAAAAGGCAGAUGGGGCAGCGACAAGGGCGGGAAGGUGCUCCGAGCGGGGCUGGGGGCUGCUGCUCUGAGUGCCUUCAAGAGUCCUGCCCCGGCCCCCGAGCCCGCGCCUGCGGCUGCCGCUCCGGUGGAGCCUAAGGCGUCAGCUGCUGAUGCUGCUGGGAGAUAUGUGGCGGACCAUAUUCCUGGGAAAAAGAGCAGCACGCGACGGAGACAUCACUAA